AUGCGCUUCGAUAUGCAAGCAUUCUCCGUGACGGCUCAUGGCAUCAACAAGGAAACCGGCAAGCAAGUCAGCCUCACCAUCGAGGGAACCCCUUGGAGCAUGGCUUUUCGCGUCGAGGAUCGGGAAGAAGCCCAUGCAGAAGAGGCCACCCAAGUUCGCCCAGCUUCUGUUGCUGAGCCAGAUGCUUCCACGGAAACUGGCUCUGACGCUGCCCCACCCGCUGCCACUGCCCCUGCCUCGUUGCUUUACUCUCCCGCCUCCCCCCCUCCCACUCCCUUCGCUGACACCCUCCCUCCCACUGCGGCUCCCGCUCCCGCUGCUACUGAGGACAUGUCCUCUUCCGAGUCGGAAUACUCGGAGGAAUUGUCAGAUGACGAUGAGGUGAAGUUUCUUGCCAGAGGCUUGAAUGCCAGUGUCAACGUCUUGGACACCUCUGAUUCCAGCGAGGAGUACAUGGAGGCUGGUGGAUUUUCCCAGGAGCAGUACUUUACUCCCAAGAAGCUCAACCCCAAGAAGAAACAGGCCAAGGAAUCGAAGAGGGAGGCUGCCCGCAAGCCAACCCCUGGUCCUAGCCGCAAGCAGCCUGCCCGCAAUGGCAAGAAGUAA